ACAGCAUGUGCUCUGAGGGAUCAGAUUUCAUCUCCUCUAAUUCAUCUUCACCUCAACACUAACCGCCCCUCACACUAAAUAGAUCUAACCAUUUCAUCAACCGUUGGCCAAUCACUGUCAACAACACGCAAUCAUGAUCGUACUCACUCCGUUGACUCGGCGGCCGAAUAACCAUCACCACCACAUAUUGUCUCAUAACUGGUCACAACUAUAAAGUGGUGCAACCGGAAAUUGAAUCGGAGAUCGCACACAACCUCACCUGUGCAGUGAAAGAACGUGAAUGCCCAAUUUCGGAGUCCGUCUGGUUUGGGAACAAAAAAGUUCUGGCAAAGAUAAGUUUCUUGGGCUUGCUUUUAAAGACCAAUCAUUUAAUCGAACUGCAUGUCUAACACAAAAUUGUUUGCAUGAUAUAUUUUUGCAAACAUUAUAUUUUCAAAUGCAUUUAGAGACAAAUUUUUAUACAAAUGCAUUUAGAGUCAUUUUUAUACCAAACUUCACCAUGAGAUGAAAGUAGUGGAAAUAGAAUCUGCAAGUGAUUUUUAAAAUACAAUUAAUUAUAAAAAGGAGAAUACUUAAGCAUUAACAUGCAGUUGUUCUUAGCUAGUGACUACAUGGAUGAGAAGUUAAAUAGUGAAUGUAUGUACAUAGAUACAAACCAAAAUCUUCAGCUGAUGAUGGUGAACAGUUCUACUUUUAUAUAUUUAAGUUGGCUCCAUCAUUGCUGAAAACUCACUGAAACACUUAACCAUAGGCCAGUUGUAGUAUUAAAAAUGACGUUGAAUCAUCUUUAAAUUGAUUUUUCCAUUCUGAUAUUUGUGGUUAAUAAUAAUAAUAUCUUUUACACUUUUUAAAAUUGCCGACUUGCUAAAACUUUUAUAUUGUACAGGAAGUUGAUUGGCUGUUUUUUUGCCUUUGUAUUUCAUUAGCAUUGUAUUAUUAAAUUGAUCCAUCUGUGAUCCUAGUUUGUGAUGUAAUAAUUAGAUAUAGGAUAGAAAUAGGAAACCAAGGGCAACAACAUAUAUUUCAGCCUUUCAGGUACGACUAUGAAACUUGCAUUCUACAUUCCAAAUGCAGUUAAUAGUUAUGCUACUGAUGUUGUAGAGAUGCUACGGCUCAUUUAGUUAAGCCAUAUAAACAAACUAUUGAUAAAAAAGAUAAAAAGAAAUCAGGACCCCCUCAUCAUGAAAUAUUACUUCCAAAUACUCUUGGGAAGCAAUCAUGUGCGGGUUAUAACAUCAGGACCUCCUCCACGUAUAAAUAAAUUCUCAAAGUACUCCAGUUUUUCUUAUGAUGAGCUCUUCAAAAUGCCCAACUCUAUAGUGCCAGAGUUAUCAUCUUGAUCUAUGAAUGCUUUCAUUGUGUCUAUGCAGCUAGUGCCAUACUCCCUUUUGUUCAAUUUUUGAAAGUAAUAUAUAUUGCUUCUUUUGCAACGUGAGCUUGAUGUCCACCCAUACAACUUGAUAGUGAUCUGAGAAGUCUAAUGCAGAAGUUUUGCUUUUAUAGAUGAACGUUAUGAUAGUACUUGCUGGGAAUGAGAUACACCCAAUCUCUCAUUUACUGUUCAAACCACCCACUUCCACCAAUAGGAAAUAACAAUCUAAACAGUAAAUAAACAUCAAUCAGCAAUUCUUUUUUUCAACUGUGCACACCUCCUUUAUAGACCAAUUAGGAAUUCCACAAACAUAGUUAGACUAUGCGCACCUUUUUUUAGACCAAUAGGAAUUCACGAACAACUGUGUGCACCUUUUUUUGGACCAAUAUCAAUAUUUUAAAUAUAUUUCACAUCUGCCCACCUCUUUCUGGACCAAUAGAAAUGGCUUAAACUCAAUCCUUCAUGUCUUAACUGACUAAUAUAUUUGUGUAUUACAUUAUUUUGCUAUUUAUUUUGACAAACAAAUAAAUAAGGAUUGAUGUUGACAUUUUUUGGAGGGAACCCUAUUCACAAAAAUCUUUUGCUUUUAUAUUUAGAUACUCCCUCCGUCCCUGAAUUAUCUUCAAACUUUCCUUUUUCGUCCGUCCCAAAAUUAUCUCCUCCUUCCCUUUUUGACAAAGAAUUUGUGGUUCACAAUCAUUCUUACACAUUUCUCUCUCCUCUGCACAACUCUCCACCACACAAAACCCACUAUCUUAAUAAGUGUGCCCAGCCGAAAUGAGAGAUAAAAUAGGGACGGAGGGAGUAGAUUAUAUGGUUGGAGACUUAUAACCAAAAAUAUGGUUGAAGACAAAUGAUUUAUUUUGUAUAAAAUGUAGUGAUUAUAAACAAAGUGUGUUGAAUCAUUAUUAAAUUUAUGAUGAUAUUUGAGUGUAUUAAUAUGAAGGGUUAAAUUUUUUAAUUAUUUGUUUUUAUUAAUAAUUAAUCGAUGGUUGUGAAUAGAAAAUUGGGGGCUGUGAAUAGAAUUGCCCUAAGUUAUCUUGGGAAUAUUUCACAAAUAACCAAAAAUAUUAAAAUAAUACUCUCCUAUGUCCUAAUAUAACAAAAGAAAAAUCAUUUUUCAUUUGUCUCAAUAUAAAUUUAUCUUUUCAUUUUUUACAAAGAAUUCGUGCUUCAAAGUAUUUUUCCCAACAUCCUUUCUCCUGUGUACAAUUUUAAGUCACAUUUUCACUUUCUUAAUUUGUGUGCAAAGUAAAAAAAAAGAGUUUUUAUUGGGACAGAGGGAAUAUCACAAUUUUCAUUUUGAAAGUUUUUUUCGAAAAUAGCUUAAUCAAAGUUUUAUUUAUAAUAAUAGACUCGAAGCCUUAAUUAACACCCUAAUGUUAGAAUUUUAAUCUUGGUAUGUUCCAUUUGUACUCAAUCCUACCACUAAUGGAAAUGAUGAAUUCAAAAUAGAAUCAUAAUAACAAAUGUUACAAAGUAUUGAGGUUAAUUUCAACACGAGAUUUAGCAUGUAAUUCUAUAAAAUCAUAGCUCAAGAAUGAUACAUGUAUUUUUUACGUGUAGACCCGAAAGAAUGAAAACUACAAGACUUCUCGUGCUAAAUCCAAGUCUACUGUCAUUUUAAUAAUAUCCCUCACAUAUGAUUGAAACAUAGUUUAAGAGCUCCCCCAUCAAUGGAGUUCGCAAGCUAAUAUAGAGUUGGGGAGUAAUGGGAAAGAAGGAGCUACCUUACGGAGAGAGAAGAGGAUUCUCACAUAUAGAGAGAAACCUCAUAUUUAUAGAAAAAGGGGGGAGGAGUACAUAUUUACCCUAAUCAUCCGAAGUAGGCCUAAUUUAUCGGGCUUCGUACGAGCUAGUGUUGGGUUCUGAUAUGUAAUAGGUUGGGGUUCAAUAUCCGAAAACAAGUCUAUCAGUUUCUUAAGUAGUGAUCAUGUGAAUCUGCUCAAGAAAUUACACAUGUGCUCUGACGGGCACUUUGUCCAGUGCGUCAAAUUUAAUCGAUACUAGCACUUAUACGUAGUAUAGGUGAAGUAGAGUUCGUAUCCACAGGGAAAGGAAUAAUUCUCUUUUUAUGAAACUAGUAAAUAAAAAGGGGGUUUUGGUAUUGAAUGAUUUAAUUAACUUAAAAACUAAGAUGAACGACUUACAUGAGAUUUAAUUCAAAGAUAAAAAGGACUUGGCAUUGCUACUUUCCACUUGUUGAUAUAUUUUAGUCGAUCGUUGUUAUAUCUAUAACUUAUUCCCUCUCAAAUACUCAAUCGAGGAGUAUAUCCAAUUCAUCGAGGGUAGUUAUUAACAACGACCGUUCAUUAAUAACCAUUACUAUUAGUCAAGUAUAGAACAUUGCCAUAUACCGACUUGAUAGUAGCUUUUAAUCUUUUAACUCCUUGAUGAAAUCAAUUGAGAUUGAUAACCUCAACACAAUGGUUUCAGUUUAACCAACAAAAUUAAUCCCUCUUAAGUUUAUCAACCACGACCAUGCAUUAAUAAACCGAAGUUACUUACUUGUGAAACCAUCAACGAUUAACCAUCGGUUCGUCGAUCAUUUCUAGUAAUAAUUAAUAUAUGAAACAAAACUAGUUGAUCUUUUAAGUGAUGUUCAAAAUAUUAAUAUGAAAUAUGAAUAGGAAUUAAUUAAUAUUCAAGGAAGAAUAUUAUUAAAGGAGAUGAAUCCUACUAUAAUUAAUAUCAAGAUGUUAACUAAUUGUCAUCUUAGCAACACCCCUCAACAUUAAUAUAGAGGAAGAAAAUACUAUUCUAACUAAUGUCAAGAUGUUAACUAAUUGUCAUCUUAGCAACACUCCCCAACAUUAAUAUAGAGAUAGUAUUUAGGAAAGAACUAAUAAUUAAUAUUCAAGGAAAGAAGUUAAGAAAAUAACUCACAACUUUAAUAAUCAACAAGCUUCAAGAGCAACACCAAGAAUGGAAGUUUAGCUCCUCAUUUGGAGACUAAACAUAGCCAGAAAAAUAUAAAGAAAUGAUAUUCUAAAUUGAGCUUAAGAGUAUGGAAGAAGGGAUGAUUUUAGAGAAGAAAAAGUGUGCUAUUUAUAGGUGUUUUUUCAACACCUUUGGCCGGGUACCCGACUGGGUCAAGUCCCCACCCGACCGGGUCCGGUCAAAAUCAGAUAACAUACACGUUCUGGUGAUCUUUGGCACAUUAAAAUUUCCCGGGUCAAGUCAGACCCGACCGGGUGCAAUACCUCACCCGACCGGGUCCAGCUCUUUCCUCAGCAAUUCAGUUUUCAAAUCAGACCUGACCGGGUGAAGUCUUCUACCCGGUCGGGUUUCGCUCCUGGGCAGUCAAAUUUCUUGUUUUCUUCUCUUCAAAGUUCUCUUUUCCAACACCAAAAAUCCUAAAUCUACUUCACAACUUAUAAAUGAAGAUUAAAAUACAAUUACAACUAAAAACACACAAAUGUUUACAAACUAAAUAAAACGAUAAACAAUACACACAAAUCCAACAUAAAAACAUACACUUAUGCACUACUAAUUAGUGCAUAUCAAACACACCCACAUUUAAACCUUUACUCGUCUCGAGUAAAUCAAAUCCAGUCCAAGACGUCCUUAAAAUGAAAAGAGUAUCAACACAAAAAUCCAAGAGUGUUUUUAGAAACACAUAAAGUAUAUCCCCAAAAAUAUAACAGUAAAGAGGGGUCUUCAACUCCAUAUUUCUUAUGAUCUUGCAGAAAUAAAAGAAAAUAUUUUCUCUCAUUCUCUCAUUUUGCCUAGGUGCCCUUUCGGGUUUUAUUCCCAGCUUCCCACAUUUUUCUAUUUUAAUCCUCACAACUCACUCUUAUUUUUGCUUUAUUUUUGCUUAAGUUGCCCUUUCAGGUUUUCAACUUAACAAGCUUUUAUUAAUUUUGAUGGAGUAUAUGGGUCUAGGGCCCAGGACCCACAUACUCAGAACAGAAAGCACAGCCACUACGCGGUGCCCUCGUCGGCCAAAGACCCUCGUCGGCCGAAGAAGGACCAACUCAGGAUAUGAUCCUGAAGCCAAGGAACCAGGGUGUCCACAUCGGCUGUACCCUCAUCGGUCGUGCCCUCGUCGGCCAAGAUCCUCGUCGGCCACGGAAGUCUCACAGAAUCGGAUUUUACACUUAUUCAUUUAUAUAGCCCACCAGUGGCUCUGUAUUCGGCCCAAUAGCGGUCCGGUUGUAAAUGGGCCUCCCAAGCCCAAGGCUUGGGCGCCCAGUCCGUAUUUUUCCUAUAAAUACUUCCUCUAGAGGUAUUUAUAGGGGUUACAAAUUCAUUCUAUUGAAGCAUUUCUUGCACUUCUCUCUCUAGCUCUCACUUCUCUCUAGAUAUAUACGCUAUCAUUUGGUGCUUUCAUUGAGAGCUAGAACAAUCAAGUUAGCACCCUUCGUCGCUACCAAGCACAGCUAACCACUGAUCAUGGGAAGAACAAAGUCAAACCGCAACCUCGUCAGCAAGGCCAUCCCUGAAGACCAGGAGACCAGGGAGCAUGAAGAGGACGCUACGGCUGACCAGGUCGGCGGAGGAGACGUCUUCCAGGAGGCCAUCAACCUCACGACGAACCUCCGCCACCAACUCAACGGCGGAGCCCCUGAUGCCCGCAUCGGCCUGGACAAGAAACGCGCUGAGAAGACAGACCACGCCCCGGCCCAGCCUAUGGCUGUGGCUUCUCUGUCUGUGGAUCCACAGGUCCAGGCCGCGUUGUCGGUCAUCAUCGCCAGCUUGGCCCAGAACCCCACCGUCCUUAGCGCACUCUUGCCAAGGACUGGGGGGAACGUCACUCCACCUCCUCAGCCCCAACCGUUGGCCGUCAGGUUAGGCAACGAUGAGGGGGUGAUGGCCCAGGACACGGCGUCGUCCCACUCCCACCCCGCUUCCCCUAUUCGGCCUGGGCAGACCCCAGCGCGUGGAAAAGCCUCUGCCUUCAAUAGGCUAGGUGACACGCGCCGUCGUCCGGUCUCGGAGAGGAUGGCAGGGCGGAUUGGUGAGCGUCGGCCUGGCUCGCCAAGGGAAAGCUUGGGGUCUGUAUCCCGGACAGUGGACCAGCCCCGCCCGGACAAGGGCAAGGGAAAGUUGCACGAGGACGACGUGCGCCACCAGAUCAAUGUGGCCCACGACGAGCGCAUGAUGAACCAGCAGGGUGCUGCUGCGGCCGCCAGGGACCCCUAGGAUGAGGUCAUCGCCCAGUUGGAAAGGAGGCUGGCCCAGAUGGAGGCCAGACAAUCAGCGAACAUCCCCAUGGCCGGCGCCUCCAACGACCCUGGCCUCAACGCUCUCAUGAACAAGGUCAGCGCCCUUGAGAGGGAGUUGGCCGAAGGGCGAGGUGAUCCCGUCAUCCAGGUCAGGACCAGGACCCCUUUCACCAACAGGGUGCUCUCGGCUCCCAUCCCGGAGAAGUACAGGGGAAACGCCAUCAAGUCCUAUGAUGGCCGAUCAGACGCCAGGAGCACUUCAGCCGCUAUCAGAACAACAUGUUGAUGGUGAACGCGUCGGAUGAAUAUCUUUGCCGUUGGUUCCUCUCUACUCUCGAGGGGCCGGCGUAUGAGUGGUUCAACGCGCUCCCCGAAGGAAGUAUUGACUCAUGGCAAGACCUUGCCCAGCGCUUCCUCACCCAUUGCCGGGAGGAAGCGUGCGAAGAAGGAUUUCACCCAUCUCCUCUCCAUCAAGCAGCAACAUGACGAACCCCUCCGGUCAUUCAUUGAUCGGUGGACGAGGGAGACCGAAGAAGUUGAGGGGGCCGAUGAGCGCACCCUCCUCGUCCUGUACCAGGGAGCCCUCCGCAGCUCCCCGUACGCCAGGAGCCUCAUCACCGACCCUCCAAGGUCGUACGCAAAGGUGCUCCAGCGCGGGAGCUUGUACGCUGACGCCGACGUGCUCCACAACCACAAGAAAGAGGGAGGCCAUCCCUCCAAGAAGACAAAUCCUUCGCCGGCCCCGGGACCAUCCCUGGCCGGCCAGGGUGCCCAGGGCGGUCACGGCUCUGGUGGACAUAGUAAGAAAGACCGCCACUGGCGGCCGAGGUUGGAACGGCCGGGGGUCCCCCUCACCCACCCGGUCAGCACCAUCCUCGACUACGCCGAGAAGCAUGGCCUCAUUGAGCAGGCUCCUCGGCCGGCCGAGGAGGUCCUUGCCAUCCAGCAGGGCGGCACAUACUGCCGAUUUCACAAGAACUCCUCGCACAGCACCGACGACUGCACCACGCUAAAGAAAGCCAUCGAGCGCCUUAUUCGUCAGGGGAACUCGCCCAAUUUGUUAAAGGUGGCCCACGUAAAAAUACGUGGGUAAACACCGGCAAACCUGGGGGCGAACCCUCUACGAAGAAGCGGGAGAUCGGCAGGCUCAGCGACGACGAGGACUUUGAAGAGCCUCCGCCAAAGAAGAAUCAUAUUCACCUCAUUGUAGGUGGGAACAUCGGGGGGGACUCCGUCACCCAGAGGAAGAAAUGGGCCCAAUCCCUCUACAUUGGGGAGGUGUCCCACAUUUCCCCCCAGCCGAAGAAACAGCGAACGGAGGCGAUCACCUUCAACGACAAGGAUCUGCCUCCGGGUACGGAAUCACAUAGGGACGCCCUCGUCAUCCGGUGUGAGAUCGGUGACUCCAUCAUCCACCGCACUUACAUCGAUACGGGGAGCUCCGUCAAUGUGAUGCACCUGGACACCUUCAGGCAGCUGAAGCUGGACAAAGCUCUGCUGAAGCCGAUGAAGACACCGUUGUCCGGCUUCACCGGGGACUCUAUCGACGCCGAGGGCACGAUAGUCCUCCCCGUGGAGGUCGGCGACGGCCCCCACCGCGCCAAAAUUGACAUGGAGUUCAUGGUGGUCAACCUCCAGUGCGCCCACAACCUGAUCUUGGGGCGGCCAGCACUGGAGGACUUAGAGGCCAUCAUCUCCAUGAAGCACUUGUGUCAAAGGAAGUUGACCAAGUAAAUCAUAACACUUAGAACAAAUUCUGAAGAAAGCAAAGGCAAAGGAAGAGGCAAAACACCGGGUACCUUCAUCGGUCAUACUGUCCAACUUGGCCGACGACGAUACUACGCAGAGAAAGUUACAUGGCCUAAAAAUUGGGCAAUCUCCUCAACGAGGGAGCAGCUCAAGACGAAGCGGGAACUCAAAUACCUAUAGGUGCCCUUCUCGGCCUCGCCAAAGACCGGUAAGGUCUUGCUAACCGAGAAAGACACUACAACUAAGGCGGUUGCUCAAGUUGCCACUUAGUGGACUUCAAACACUUAGAGAGUUUCCCGGAAAACACAAAUAUCAAAGGUGUGGCCGACAAGGGUAACAGACAGAGAAAACUACAACUCCCAAGCACUUAGACGAAGGGGGCACCUAAAACAAUUGAAGGCACCCUCUUCGGCCCGGGUGUCCGUAUCGGCUGCCUAUUUGGAAGAUUUUCUAAAGCUAUGACUGACAUUUUAUACUUAGGAAAUUUUCCAAAAAUUCUCUAAGUAUUUUGGCAACAAGACGAGGCAAACACUCACAUGGGGACGUCGUACAAACACGGAAAGAAAAGAAGGCAAAAAUAUCAAAGUAUGAAAGACGAAGCAUUUUCAUUCAUGAAUCAGGAAAGUACAAAGUGGGCUUCUGGGCCGUUACAUAGUUAAAAGUCAGAAAAAAAAAACAAUACAAGGAAUCAUGGCUCUGGAGGGGCUUCAGAGUCCUUCUCGGCAUCGGCUCCCUCUUCGGCCUGGGCAGCAGACAUACCGGCAGCAAUACCCGACGUCGCGGUAUCCUCAAACAUACUUGGUUCAUAGGCCCAAUCGUCGCUGACGCGAGAACUCUCAAUGGGAAGCUGUCGAUCAGCCACCGGGAGCUCCAACUCCGCUUCAGGAUGCCUCAUCAAUGAAGGCAGCUCAAGGCCGACGGCCCACUCCUUGGCCACACCCAUAUCCAGGAAACGUCGCUGAAGCCUCCUGUACAACAGCCGUUGCAUCCGGUACUGACCAAGGUCGUAGAAGAUUUUCAUCUCCUUCUCCCAGUACGCCUGGCCGUCGAGAGAUUGGGUCACCCAGUCAACAAGCCUGGCCGCCACGACCUCAAAGCACCAGGAGAGCCGGUCCUCGUCCUUCCAGCCGAUUUCGAGGAACUUCUGCACAGCUGCCUCAGCAGCUUUCUCCUCGGCGGCACUAAGGGCCAGCUCCGCACUGGCCUUACCCUUCUCGGCCUCCUCCGCACGCCGAAGGGCCUCGUCACGAACACGCUCCAUAUCGGCCAAGCGUCGGAGGGCCCCUUCCUUCUCAGUGGCCAGCUGAUCGGCCUCGUCAACCCUCUUUUUCAGGCUUUCAACUUCAAGCCGCAGCCUCUCCAAGCUGCCCAGCGCCUCGUCGGCCGAGGCCACCCUUUGCUCAAAUUGCUUCAGGCAAGCAAUCUCCUUUUGCUGCCUCAUGUUGCUUUCCAUCAACAUGAAGGCGCCCUGCGGUACAAUAUGGGUUAGACGAAAACAUCGCAUAACAAAAAAAAAAGAAGAAAAGCAGACGAAGCGGACGUGAGUACUUACUUGGACGAUGUGGUCCAUCCCACCAUCGUACAUCUUAACAUGGCCGAGCUUCUUCAGGUAAGCCCGGUCCUCGUCACGGAUGGCCUGGGAGAUCACCUCGUGGCCGUCAACGAUCUCGUUGAACAGCCCCCCUUUGACAUGGGUACUCCACUUCAAGCUUGUAGGUCCCUUUGACCAGCUCUCGGUCGGACCCUUUCUUCCGGGUGGCCGUUACGGCAGCAGGAACGGUGGACAGAGUGGUGGACGAAGGGCCCGAAGGGUGGUCCACCAAAGCAUCGACAUUGAAACCCCCUCCGUCCCCAGAGGGAACAGCCGACGUCCCGGCAUCACCGGCAGAGGAAGCUCUCUUCGACUUCUUGGGGGGGCUUCAGUCCCGCCUCGGUCAACUUCUUUUGGCCCUCAUCGGCCUGCCGUUUCUUCUUCGGCUGCACUGGGGGCUUGGCCGCAGGGGCAGCACCAGGAUGUUGGGCCUUCAGCUCCUCGGCCGCUUUAAGUUGUGCCCUCUUCAUAAAGCACAUAUGAUCCAUGACGAAACCUGCACCAGGAAAAAAAAACACUAAGGGUCAGCAAACAGAGAAUACAAAAGUACGACGAGAAGAAGUGCAUCAGAAAGGAAUUACCAUCGUCCUCAGCUGGCACCCCCAGAUCGGGACCAUCAGCCUCCUCGUAAGACGUGGUCAUCUUCGGCCACAACUCCACAUCGUCGUCAUUGUCACCGUACACAAAAUACCGUACGAAGCCGAGGGCGGCCAUUUUGUACUCGGUAAUGUACGUCUUCACACUCCUCGGCGCUCCCUUCAGGAAAGCCUCAACCUGAGCGUCCAGGAUGGAGCUCCUCGGCGUGUCAUGAAGAUUAAACCGCCCGCUAUGGCCGACGGAGGGAAACUCUACGCCCCCUUCACCCAAUGACACGAACACAAACUUCCCUUUCCAACCAUGGAUGGACGUCGGCAGGUCUGUGAAACUCCUCUUCUUGGGGAGUUGUUGAAGAGUGGCAUACGACGCACAGUUCUGAUGACUUCCGCGGCCUAUCUGAUAUAGGUUCAUAAACAGCGCCGUCGUCGGCCUGAAAUCCAAUUCAGCACACCGCAAGAGGAAGUCGACGAUGAGCGAGUAGCUAUUCGGCGUUAACAAGACCGGAGGGAGUCCCACCAUAUCUAGGUACUCGGUAAUAAAGGGAUGAAGUGGGAACCUAAGUCCUUUGGCAAAGCUCAUCGGGUACACUCCAAAGUAGCCCGGGGGUGGAUUAAGGACAUGGUCCGUCGGCCUGGGGGCCCUAACCCUACCAUACGGCCCCACAUACAUCUGUGAAACCAGGUAUUCACCCGCAUUACUCUGGGGCCAGAUAAUGUAGAUAUUCGUCAGAUCCAAGUAAGAGAAGGCUGACCCUCUCUUCGGCCUCCUCACCCUCUUCGGCGGCGCAACACCCUUCACAGCAGACACCGGUUUUGGGCAUGGAAUGGCAGCCGACGUGGACGCCCCAUGGGCAGUUCGGGAGACCCCUACGUCCCCACCUCCAGACGAUGACGCAGACUCCUCAUCCUCACCGUCCUCAUCAUCCUGCUCCCCGGAUUUGAACGAGCUCAGAUUCUCAAGCUCCUCACAGAACUCCUCGACCACUUCAUAAUCAAGGGACUUGGUGGAGGGCUCGUCGUCGUAGGGGUAGUACUCUUCGUUGAAGUCUUUCAUCUUAAACACUAUUUCGAGUAUACUGCAGGCUACUUCGAGAUCUAAGGGUGUUCAAACGCCUAACACUAGAUCACUAGCCUAGGAAGCAAAAUAUGCAAAGUACAGAGAGAUUUCGAUGAACACUAACCUUGAAGAACACGAAGAACACGAAGAACACAAGCUUGAAAGUUCAUCUCUCUAGGAAUUUGGCCAGCACUUCGAUAGCUCAGAUUGCAAAUGAGAGCUCUCGUCGGAUAGAGAGGGGUAUUUAUAGAACCCCCUACCCAACGGUCACUACACGUGGCACCCUCCCAGUGGCCACACCAACGGCCACCAACGGGAGGCCACCACGUCAUCAAUGGGCCAAGCCCAAUCUACAGAUCAAAAGCCCACUGGCAAAGCAGGCUCUACGGAACGGGAAAUGGGAGAAUAACACCCACAACGGCCAGGGGACUCAAUGGCCAACAACAGACAACGGUAACCCCACAGCACCCGUAUCGGCCAUCUAGAUGGCCACAAUAUCCCAAAGGAAAGGAACAUAACGGCCACGAGGCCCUCACACUAAAUCCUUGAUGAUAACCCUUUGAAAGCGACCUGCGUCCAAGGGUUCUCCCACAGGGUUACCUUGGUCAGGAAAUCGCCAAAGGGUUGGAUUCAAGGGUAGUAUGAGGAUCCCACUUCGGCCUAAGUUUCAAUCUACUCCUUCACCCCUCACUCACUCUUCGGCCUGAAGCAGUGGGGGACUGGGGGACUACAUCGGCCUCAAGAAUAACAGGCAAAAUCAAAAGAAAUCCAAAAAUACACCAAGUCCACAACUACAACAUCAGACAUGCACCACAACGUCCAUAACAUCAUGGUGCACCUUCGGCCAUAGCAAGCUUGAUAUCACAGAACACUUAUCGGCCUUGAAACCACACAUCACUCUCAAGCCAGGAAUCAAGAGAAAGGUUAACAUACCUAAAUCACUGUCGUCCAUAUACCGCAACGGCCCCGAGUUCCUCACAACUUCAUAUACGGCCAGACAGUGUUAUCAUCCCCAAAACCUUGGGCAAUAUGACCCCUGGUCGUCCAAAAACACAGGGCAUCAUCUACAACGGCCAAAAGGAAUGCGCAGUGCCCUCAUCGGCCACCCAAAGCAAAGACGCAACCCCUACGGCCUCACCAGCCCAAAAGGGAAACUUAACUAGUCAACAACCAAGGAUAGACACUACCUUCAUCGACCACUCGUGCCAGAACACUCAUCAUCCAACAAACAAAGCACACCAAAGGAACAAUAGCCUUCCCCGUCUGCAUCAGGGGGCAGGCAACGGCCAAACUCAGAACAGGGCCACCAGACGCCGCAACAGGGAACGGCCAACGUGGUCCCGCAUCGGCCAAGAAGCAUCAAGCACAGAAAUCUACUCCCUCACUUCGUCUACAUCUCAGCUUAGAGAGUGGGGAACUCCUGAUGGAGUAUAUGGGUCUAGGCCCCAGGACCCACAUACUCAGAACAGAAAGCACAGCCACUACGCGGUGCCCUCGUCGGCCAAAGACCCUCGUCGGCCGAAGAAGGACCAACUCAGGAUAUGAUCCUGAAGCCAAGGAACCAGGGUGUCCUCAUCGGCCGUGCCCUCAUCGGUCGUGCCCUCGUCGGCCAAGAUCCUCGUCGGCCACGGAAGUCUCACAGAACCGAAUUUUACACUUAUUCAUUUAUAUAGCCCACCAGUGGCUCUGUAUUCGGCCCAAUAGCGGUCCAGUUGUAAAUGGCCCUCCCAAGCCCAAGGCUUGGGAGCCCAGCCCGUAUUUUUCCUAUAAAUACUUCCUCUGGAGGUAGUUAUAGGGGUUACAAUUUCAUUCUAUUGAAGCAUUUCUUGCACUUCUCUCUCUAGCUCUCACUUCUCUCUAGAUAUAUAUGCUAUCAAUUUUUUUUAACAAGAACAAAGAGUAUGAAUGUGAGUAUUCCAUAAAACUCUCCCCCAAGCUAAUCAAAGCACUGUCUCUAGUGCUUGUGUCCGAGAUGUCCAAUAGAAUGAAUCCCUUUGCCCUUUUGGUGUCAUUUAUUUUCUUUUUGGUUGAGGAAAUUUCGGCUUUUGUUGUUUGUGGAGUAAGGGGAUUUGGAUUUUUGGUUAUUUGGAAGCUUUUUGUUUUUUUUGUGGGUGCAGUGGUGAAGAGGGUGAUGAGGAGAUGAAGAAAAAGGGUUUAUUUGGUUGAUUUGGUGGAUAAAAUGGUGGAAAAGGAGUAUGGGUUUGGAAUUUGGAUGAAGUGAGGAAGAGGGUGGUGUGUCCGCCCCUUAUCGAGCGUUUACCAGUUUGCCCCGCCGGGUAGAUUAAGGGACCCGGUCGGGCCUAAGUGCUCGCUAUCCAGAGAGUGUUUUAACAAAAACACUCGGCCGGGUAUAUUUGUUGACCCGAUCGGGUUAUUUGCUUCAGGGGCCGGGUCUUUGCCAAAAAAAUGUCCGCCCGAGCGAGGUUGUGCGGGUAGGGUAUUUUUACUCUAUACCCGACCAGGUGUAGUGUGGUAUCCGACCGGGCAUGUUCCCCAGACUUCAAUUUUUUUUGAAGGGUAAACUUAAACUAGAAUAAAAAGUAAACGUACCUUACAUGGGUUGCCUCCCAAGAAGCGCCUUAUUUAACGUCACGGCACGACGCUAUCAUUAUGUUCAGUCAUUCAAACUUGGAUCAUGAUAGUUUAUCUUCUUCACACUUUCACUCCUAGGACUUCCAUAGGAAUGCUCAAUUUCUCGACUCUUCACUUUGAAAAUCCCUCCAGGAUCAAAUAUCCAGAUUUUCAUUGAUUCAUGUGGUGGGAGUGAGAGAAAGAAAUUGUUGUUUAACAUGGUCAAUGGAAAAUGUUUGGAUCCCUCAAUUUUGCUGAGAAUUUCAAAAAUGUCACUUUCCUUUUCAAUUUUAUGAGUUUCCCUCAAAGUUUUUACUUUUUAGAACUAAUGGGGGUACCUCAAAGAAUGAUAAGGAUAGGUAUUUGACCUUGAAACUUGGUUCAUCCUCUUUUUUGACCAGCUGGAGCUCCGUGUCUUUUUCUUCUUCUACUUCUUCUGGAUUCUGGAUCUCCUUUUGCAUUUCCUUUUCAUUUGUCAAUGUGAUUGCAAAAGUUUGCUGUUUAGGAUCACAUUCUAUUUGAGAAGGAAGUUUUUCCGAAUCCCUUGCUUCAAGCCUACUCACGGCUCCGGCUAUUUGACUCAUUUGAGUUUCCAAGUUUAAAAUGCUAGACUUGGUCUCAUUUUGGAAUUGCACCAUGUUGUUUUGCAUGGUGGUCAUGUUGGUAGCAAUAGCCCGGACCAUAUCUUCCGUAGGCAUGUUAGAGUUGGAGAACAGAUCAUACCUCAUGUGAGGUACAUCCCUUUCAUAACCAACAUCAUCAAUUUGUUCAAGGUAUUCAUCUUGGAGCUUUGGGCAGAAAUUCGUAAGAUGCCCGUGAGACAUUCAAAUGUUGCACGUCUUGACAUCUUGAGCUUUUGAGCUUAAGGUAAAUUCCUUUAUUAGAGAAGUCAAGAAGGAAAUUUGACUCUCUAAGGAUGAAGUGUUGGUAUCCAUAUACUCAUAACUCAUGUAAGCUCAGAAAAUAGAAGAGUAAGUUUUUUUUAUGUUUUUUUUGUUUUUGAUUUUUAUGAGAUAAAAUAAAAAGAAAAAUAAUUGCCUUUCUCCGGCAGCGACGCCAAAUUUGACGGGCACUUUGUCACGGUGCGUCAAAUUUAAUCGAUACUAACACUUAUACGUAGUAUAGGUGAAGUAGAGUUCGUAUCCACGGGGAAAGGAAUAAUUCUCUUUUUAUGAAACUAGUAAAUAAAAAGGGGGGUUUUGGUAUUGAAUGAUUCAAUUAACUUAAAAACUAAGAUGAACGACUUAUAUGAGAUUUAAUUCAACGAUAAAAAGGACUUGGCAUUGCUACUUUCCACUUGUUGAUGUAUUUUAGUCGAUCAUCGUUAUAUCUAUAACUUAUUCCCUCUCGAAUACUCAAUCGAGGAGUAUAUCCAAUUCAUCGAGGGUAGUUAUUAAUAACGACCGUUCAUUAAUAACCCUUACUAUUAGUCAAGUAUAGAACACCGCCAUAUACCGACUUGAUAGUAGCUUUUAAUCUUUUAACUCCUUGAUGAAAUCAAUUGAGAUUGAUAACCUCAACACAACGGUUUCAGUUUAACCAACAAAAUUAAUCUCUCUUAAGUUUAUCAACCACAACCGUGCAUUAAUAAACCGAAAUUACUUACUUGUGAAACCAUCAACGAUUAACCAUCGGUUCGUCGAUAGUUUAUAAUAAUAAUUAAUAUAUGAAACAAAACUAGUUGAUCCUUUAAGUGAUGUUGAAAAUAUUAAUAUGAAAUAUGAAAAGGAAUGAAUUAAUAUUCAAGGAAGAAUAUUAUUAAAGGAGAUGAAUCCUACUAUAAUUAAUAUCAAGAUGUUAACUAAUUGUCAUCUUAGCAACACUCCCCAACAUUAAUAUAGAGGAAGAAAAUACUAUUCUAACUAAUGUCAAGAUGUUAACUAAUUGUCAUCUUAGCAACACUCCCCAACAUUAAUAUAGAGAUAGUAUUUAGGAAAGAACUAAUAAUUAAUAUUCAAGGAAAGAAGUUAAGAAAAUAACUCACAACUUUAAUAAUCAACAAGCUUCAAGAGCAACACCAAGAAUGGAAGUUUAGGUCCUCAUUUGGAGACUAAACAUAGCUAGAAAAAUAUAAAGAAAUGCUAUUCUAAACUGAGCUUAAUAGUAUGGAAGAAGGGGUGAUUUUUAGAGACGAAAAAGUGUGCUAUUUAUAGGUGUUUUUCAACACCUUUGGCCGGGUACCUGAUUGGGUCAAGUCCCCACCUGACCGGGUCCGGUCAAAAUCAGAUAUCCUCCACAUUCAGGUGAUCUUCGCCACGUUAAAAUGUCCCAGGUCAAGUCAGACCCGACCGGGUGCAAUACCUCACCCGACCGGGUCCAGCUCUUUCUCAGCAAUUCGGUUUUCAAAUCAGACUCGACCGGGUGAAGUCUUCUACCCGGUCGGGUUUUGCUCCUGGGCAGUCAAAUUUCUUGUUUUCUUCUCUUCAAAGUCCUCUUUUCCAACACCAAAAAUCCUAAAUCUACUUUACAACUUAUAAAUGAAGAUUAAAAUACAAUUACAACUAAAAUCACACGAAUGUUUACAAACUAAAUAAAACGAUAAACAAUACACACAAAUCCAAAAUAAAAACAUACACUUAUGCACUACUAAUUAGUGCAUAUCAUGCUCAUGUUCUGCCCCUGUCUUCCUAGAAUCUGUAUCUUUGUGUUGUCUUGUUUAGUCAGUGGGCGUUUACCCCUCUCAAUAGAGCAAUAAGGUGAGAUGCUCUCCCUCUCGGCUAGUAUAGAGUAGGCAAGGGGAUGCUCUCCCCUUGGCGUUGUUCCUCCUGACUGUAAAACGUGAGGGUAAAGAGAUUUGGCUCGGGCUGCAGUAGACCCAUUGUAGUCCUCUUUGCCAUACGAGGAGGCUUUUACAUCGUAUCUCAUCUGUUGCUCGUACUCUGUCCGCCACAAGGCCUUGGUAGUUUGUGACAUACUUUUGGUGGUUGGUCUUAAGCACUUUCAUGACUCUAGAGAGAGCAGUGUCACAUUUUGUUAUAAGGCGUUGAACUUGUAAGCUCACAGCUGGUUGUGAGGCAUAAGCCAAUGGUUGCCAUCCUAGAAGGGAUUAGGCAAGGCUGAUCGGAAAUUGGAGACGAUAGCGCUGAGAAGCCGAUCGUGCUCCAUAAGACAGCAGUCACCAUCCUAAAAGAGAAUGAGCGAACUCGACUGUAAGCUGGAGAGGACAAUGUUGAGAGACCGGUCGUGUUGCAUAAGACGAAAAUGCCAUCCCAAAAGGGAAUGAGUGAUUCUGGCCAUAAGCUCGAGAUGACGACGCUAAGGGGCCAGUCAUGCUCCAUAAGACGGCAGUCCGUGCGUAUGAGUCCUUUCAUGCUCAUUCUGUUUCCUAACGCAUCACAUUUUGAUUUUUGGGGGAAAGUCAUUCGUUUGAGCACCGCUCAUGUAUUCAAAUUUCGAGCCCCACAUGGCAAGAUAACCUCUGGGUUUGGGCUUCGAGCCACACUGUAUCGAGCAGUUUUGUCACUUAAUUGUUAUUCAUAUUUUCUAUAAGGACUGUUGUACUUUAUUUCUUUGGGGGCUGGGUCAUCUGUUUGAAGCACCACUCAUGGAUUUGAUAUUUCCUUCGGAGGCCGGGUUAUGGCCUUACUUGGUGGGUCGCGAUUCCACAUUGAGUCCAACACUAUGGUCUAGCACUGACAGUCCGUUGGUGGGCAUGUUCUAUGUUUGAUGCUUUGACUAAUGUGAAGGUACAAGGGAAUGAGGAUUAUCUUACUCCAUUUCACAGCAUCUCCACUCAUCUCAAGGAGUGAGGGACCAGGGGACUCACUAUGUUCAAGGAAGCAAAGGAUGAUCGUGUGCAAAAGAAAAUCAAGGUUGAGCUCGUAUGAUCGAGCGUGAGGAUACAAGACUAGGAGACAAACACAUUAUGUACCACAUCAAACCGGUCUUAGCCAUCCUCCUCAAGGAUGACAAUUGUUGCUUACUUGAAGAUCUAUAUCAAUCAUCCUCUUCGGAUGGCCUCCCAGCUCGGUGAAUGUCCACUUUCUUCCAACACCCACUUUGAAGGAGAUGUACUUUUUCCCUGACUCAGAAUUUUUCUCACAAGGUUCUUCCUAGCGUUUUUUUAAUGAGGCAUCACCUCAUCACAUGCAAGGGCGAAGAUCCUUUCUGAAUCGCAAGCAAUGCAUCAAGAGCAAUGACAGUAGUUUAGAGAGCACUUAGACUACUCUAUAUCACCUCAAAGGCUUCUCGAGUUAGGGAGUGGGUUACUGCUGAUCGAUUUAUACUAUCCCGUACUAGGAAUAUCUAGACUAGCAUCUUUUGUAUUGGGCCUAGCUUAUGAGAUUAGUUCCGGUCCAUGAUAUUGUCUAAGCCCAUAAGGUCUUUUCUAUAUAUAACCUUGUAUUGUAAAAGGACUCAUUCAUUCUAAUUAGGCCUGGACUUAGAACCACAAAAUCAGGAAUCUGAACCGAUAUCAUCAGUUCAUUUCGGCUCCUAAAAUUUUUUGCUUGACUAUUUUUUGGUUCGAUUAAUAUAUUUACUUAUACCUAAUACAUUUAUACGGUUCGGUUUCAGUUCUAACCAAUACUUAGAGAAAUCGAUAAAGUUCAUAUAUACAUAACAUAUAUACCCUUAAUAAAAAGAUAUAUACCCAUAAGUUUCAUCAACAUUCAUGUGUACAUAUGGGUAUUAAAAAAGAAAGAUUGUCUAUAGAUCGUCUUGACGUGACGCACCUCCCAUCGUUUUGUUUAAUUUUUCGAACACUUUUGAAAAUCAUUGUGCAUCGGCUUCCUUUGGCGAUUUUUAACAACCUUAGGCGCCUGACCCGUCCACUGGUAACAAAAUUAAAACACAUAGGUUGAUUUGUUAGAGAAUGAAGCACAUGCCCUUAUAUGAAUACGAGCAAUGGUACAUAUAUUUCUUCACACGUUUCCCAAAAAUAUGUCAUGCAUAUAUACUUUGAGUCUAUGACAUAUGGUGAAAUCAAGCGAUGCUUAUAGAUCUAACUGGCGUCAUUUUAUUUAGAUAUUUCUUUAAUCCAUGUGACAUAUGGCUAAAAUUCAAUCCAAUUUUGGUGUAGAUUAUAAGGCAAUUCACUACUAUACUAUGAUAGUGCAAUGCUUAGAGAAUCUCCAAUGCUAUAAUGUGCAUGGUGCACAUGGGGGGUCAUCCUUAGAGAUGAUAGAGGGAACUUGUUGAUGGUUAUAUCCUUUUCGAUUAUAGCAAGCACAGUUAUACAAGCCGAGCUUCAAGCGCUUUAUGCCGCUCUAAAAUGGUGCAAAGGUCAAGGCUUUCAGGACUUCCAACUUGAAACUGAUUGUGAGAUGGUAAUCAAAGCUUUGAAAGGUGUUCAAAGACCACCUUUCCAUCUGCUGCAUACGAUUGAACAGGUUCAGAAGAUAUGUGAGGAAUUGGGUGUGUAUCAGUUAAGGCAUAUCUAUAGGGAAAUCAAUUUAGCAGUUCAUGCUUUAGCCUAGGAUGACAUACAUCUUAGUCAACUUAUUUUUUUAACAACAAGCUCAAUCUUUCCGACUCCAUUUCAAGUAUCAUUGAAUUGGACUCUAUUGAUAUUUCUUGUAUUCGCCAAAUUCUUCUAAUAAAUCUGUAUUGUUGUUUAGGUAAGGUAUAGCCCCC